AUGAUAUUUAAAACACUCCUCCGACCACUCCCCCCUCGCCUCCUCCAUCCCUAUCCCAUCUCCAACCACGGUAUCAACCGGCGCAUCUCCCUCCUCCCGCGCUCUAUUAGUAUCAGCGCCAGAAAAGGAGGAAGCGAAAACCCCAAACACGCCUCGCACCCCCUGCGCAUUCUAACCUGGACGCUCAAAUCACUCUUCAUCUACCACCUCUUCCACACCUACUUUUAUUCACUCGAGACGGGCUCUGGACCCUCGAUGCUCCCCACCAUCUCCGUGUCCAACGAUUGGUUUCUCAUUUCGCGUGCGUAUCGACGCGGGCGCGGCGUCCAGGUUGGCGAUAUCGUUUCGUUUGAAUCGGUGGUUGAGCCUGGUCAAAAGGCUUUCAAGAGAGUUUUGGGCUUGGAGGGGGAUUGUGUCAUGAUGGGGACGCCGGGGAGUGGGGAGACUCAGAUGAUAAGAAUUCCUGAGGGACAUUGUUGGGUAGUGGGGGAUAACUUAGAAUGGUCGAGAGAUUCGAGGAUGUUUGGUCCGAUACCUAUGGCUUUGAUCAAGGGGAAAAUCAUCGCUAGAGUACUACCAUGGAGCGAGAGAAAAUGGUUCGAGAAUGAUUUGCAACCAGUGGCAGAUAACCGUUGA